CCGGGGCUCGCCGUCGCCACCAGGGAGGCCUCCCGGCGCCUCCCUCCGCCCCCCAUCCCACCCUGCUGCCCCCCCACCCCGCCGAGUCCAGGGGCUGCACCCGGGGGAGUCGCCGGGCCCCGGCCCCAGGAUGGUGGCGGCUCCGGCCCUGGCCCGCGCGCCCGGUGGCUGCUGGCUGGUCCCCGGGCUGUGGCUGCUGGCGCUCGGGGGUCCCGGGGGGCUGCUGCUGCGCGCCGAGGAGCAGCCCUCCUGCGGGGGCGCCUUCGAUCUCUACUUCGUCUUGGACAAGUCUGGGAGUGUGGCUAAUAACUGGAUCGAAAUCUACAAUUUUGUCCAGCAGCUGACCGAGAGAUUUGUGAGCCCCCAAAUGAGAUUAUCUUUCAUUGUGUUUUCUUCGCAAGCAACCAUUAUUUUGCCAUUAACUGGAGACAGAUACAAGAUCAGAGAAGGAUUGGAGGAUUUAAAAAAUGUUAAACCAACAGGAGAUACUUAUAUCCAUGAAGGAAUAAAGCUAGCAAAUCAACAAAUUCAGAAAGCAGGAGGCUCAAAAACCUCCAGUAUCUUAAUUGCCCUGACAGAUGGUAAAUUGGAAGGUCUGGUGCCGCAAUAUGCAGAGAAAGAGGCAAAAUUAUCCAGGUCACUUGGGGCGAGAGUAUAUUGUGUUGGUGUCCUUGACUUUGAACAAGAUCAGCUUGAAAGAAUUGCUGAUUCUAAGGAACAAGUUUUCCCUGUCAAAGGUGGAUUUCAAGCCCUCAGAGGAAUAGUUGAUUCUAUAUUAACUCAGUCAUGCACUGAAAUCCUGGAACUGCGACCUUCAAGUGUUUGUGUAGGGGAGGAAUUUAAAGUCCUUUUAAAUGGAAAAGGAUUCGUCCUGGGAAGUCAAAGUGACAGCAUCCUCUGCACUUUAACUAUAAAUGAAACAUACACAAAAAAUGUCCAUCCAGUAAGCGUGGGUCUUAAUUCUAUGCUCUGUCCUGCACCUGCCUUGAGUAAAGUUGGAGAAACUCUCGAUGUUUCUGUAAGUUUUAAUGGAGGAAAAUCUGGCAUUUCACAAUCACUAGUCGUGACUGCCACAGAAUGUUCCAAUGGGCUCGGCGCCAUCAUCACUAUCCUCGUGUUACUGCUGCUUCUGGGCAUCGGUCUGAUGUGGUGGUUUUGGCCUCUGUGCUGCAAAGUGGUUAUCAAGGACCCUCCGCCUCCACCACCCCCUGCACCUACAGAGGAGGAAGAAGAACCUCUCCCUAACAAGAAAUGGCCAACUGUGGAUGCUUCUUAUUAUGGUGGACGAGGGGUUGGAGGAAUUAAAAGAAUGGAGGUUCGUUGGGGUGAUAAAGGAUCCACAGAAGAGGGUGCAAGGCUGGAGAAAGCCAAAAAUGCUGUCGUGACGAUACCGGAAGAAGCAGAAGAAACCGUCAGACCCAAACCACCCCGGCCCAAACCCAUACACCAGCCCCCGCAGACAAAGUGGUACACACCAAUUAAGGGCCGUCUGGAUGCGCUCUGGGCUUUAUUGCGUCGCCAGUACGAUCGGGUGUCCUUGAUGCGACCUCAGGAAGGGGAUGAGGGUCGGUGCAUAAACUUCUCUCGAGUUCCUUCUCAGUGAAAGGAAAGCAGGAAGACUACAGAAGUCUGAAGAUGACACAUCUUUCAACACAGUUAACUUCCAACUAAAUGAACAGAAAGUGCACUUCAGAAAUUUGGGGAAGAGCAGCUUUCUUCCUUCCAGUCAGAAAAUGUUUUGCUUUCUGCUUUCCUUGUACCAAACCCUUCCAACACUUGCUUGACCAUCUAUUUAGUUGAUGAAACUUGCAGUAACUCAUCGUUGAGGGCAUUCGAAAGGAAGAAAGUAAGAGAAACAUUAAUCUAUGUGUGGUUUACACAAGAAAGUUCAUUUGAAAGUGUAGAAGAGAAAAGAGUAAAAAUAACAACACAAAGACAAUCAGAACAGGACUCACAAAACAGUGAUGAUCUUCUAUGGUGAGUCAAACGGUGAGGGACCUUUCUAGAAGAAUGUUUUACAUAGAAGUGAGGCACUUGUGUAUUUACACAGCAAGAUUACUCCCUCUCAGGCUGAGCGAAUAUAUAAGCCUUACAACUAUGUCAGAUCACACCAUCCUUCACAAUUUGCCUUACGGGAAACUUCUGAUGGGAAAAUCUUGUCAUUCCAACUCUGGAAAGUGCAUACGCAUGACAAAAUGCCUCAAGGUAUUGGUAGCAAGUACAGUUUUGCCCUUUAGUUUUGGAAGACACCUUUCUUUCAUUAUGCACUCGGGAAAAGAAGAAAAUUAAUAGAGCGUUAUUCCAAGGAAGAUCGCCUCUAACCCGAGCUCUUCAGUGCAGUAGAAAGGAUUUGAGAAAUUCUACCUGUGAUUGAGAGAUUUGCCCUUCUUUCUAGGUUUAGGGUUUAAUAGUGCCUAAAGCAUUAAUAUCUAUAAACAUGCCUGCAAGUUUGUUUUGCUUUUAAUUUAAAGGAAGCCACCAUCACAAAGCUUCCGCUCAG